UUUAUUGAAGACGCCAGCGACCUGAUCACCUUCUUCCAAAAUUACAAUCUCUCCAGUUGCCUCCCUCGGGGAACGGCGACUUACUGGGCUCUAACUAAUCCAGGACAGAACUCGACCAUCGACCAGACAGUGACAGACAGCCCAGACCUGCUUGUCAAGUGCCAUUUGUAUCACGAGAACUACGGAUCAGACCACCGUGCCACCUACUCGGAAUGGAGCCUACAACCUCAGACCAAGCCAAGCACAAAAGCUAGGAAGGCGUACGAGCGCGCGGACUGGGCGAGAAUCGGCGAAGAAGUAGUCCGACAGAUGAACCCAUGGAAGCAGAUCAAGACCCGGCCAACACUCGACCGGGUAGUGGAAAUCGUUGAUCUUCGAUCAAUCGGUCGACCUGUACACGGCGCAUUUCACACAAAUGGCUGUAUUGUUGUUGAGCAGAAUGCUUAUCUGCGCGCUUAUGAACCAUCUCAUAGAGCUCUCUCUCCGAUGUACAUCUGA